AUGCACUCCGUCCCGCCAAAGAGCCCGACGCUCUCGAACCGCUCGUCCCGGGACUACGACACCGGAUUUCCUGAACCAUUCUGUGGCAACGGCAACACGACCCUGCGGCAUCCCGACGCCAACACCUCCCCCGACGCCUGCAUCUCCUCUGAUGACAUAGCCGUCGAUCACGUUUACAUGCGGUCACGGCGGUCGUUUUUGCACAAGAACAAACGGGCGCCGCUGAGCCAUGGCAAGCUCACGGCGGCCGAGCUGCAGGCCUACAACGAGCUGUCAUCGAUUGUCGAAAUCCCAUCACGGACAGACGUCUCAUCAUCAGCGGGCUCUCUGCGCACGGACUCGCGGCAGUCCAAGGAUGGCAGCGAGAGCCUGAACCGGCCGUCCUCCUCGGCCCACAGCGACGUGGCUGGCCUCCGGAGCAUCAACGGCACACUCGGCCGCACCAGCAGCGUCAGCGGCCAGUCGACGAUCUCGCACAGCGGAUUCCCCCGCAGCGGCAGCGUCUUCCGCAAGUUCAGACACCACGACUAG